GGGCCAUGGAGUCGACUCGUACCAUCACUGAAUUGAAGUCCUCCUUCACCAGGGCUCAGAUCCGGAUUCUCUCUGAGAGGAUUGAGCCCCCGGAGGAUUGGAGGAGUUAUGCGACUGGAAACGAAGAGGACGAGCUGAGAGAUAAGGUGGUGGAGGAUGUUAUACAGAAAUUUAACACAGUCUUGAAACAGCAUAACCGCAUCGUUUACCCAUCCCAGGCGGUCCAACAUGUCGCGCAGCAAAUCUCCAGUCUCUACUGGUCUUCCGUGAACCAAGACGCGCGCAGUCGAAACUCACUGAGAUGGGGAGUCGAGAAAUCGGUGGACCUGUCCAGCCACAUGAACAUUACCCAAUUACCGACUGAGCUCGAAGAUCAACUUGCAAGCGAGGAGGACCGCAUCAGGUAUCAGCAACUUCGAGAACGACUUGUGAGCCUAGACGACCAGCGACAACAACGACGGCAACGCCUGGACCAAUUGCGACGGCUGCAGGAGCUUCUGGAACCCUUCGGCAACCCCCAGGAGAACAUCCAACCCAACCUGGUCAAGCGCGAUGGUGAACUGGUCCAAGAAUUGGAGAAAAUGAGAAUGCUGGCUGCGCGGGUCGGAGGCCGUAUCGAACGAAACAAGGCGAUGAGUUUCAACCAAGGAAGCCAGGAUGGGCCCUUGGUGGAUUCUGAUCAAAAGCUUGCAGCUUUGAUGGAUAUGACUUGGGAGGGGGAUUAAUAAGAAAGGGCAAAUCACCAGGAAGGGGCAAAAGUACCUAUGAGGUGAGCAGGCAACAGGAGGGAGAUAUC